UACAAGAAAACAGCAUCUACUGGGAAACACACGGGCCAGUGAGAGACAGCAAGCUCUGCAAUAUUAAUACUGAGAAGACAUAGAGGUAGGAAGGUAUUCUAUUCAACAUUAGAGUUAAAAUGUACUGAAAAUACCUCUCUGUCUGUAACUAUAAAGUCUAUAUCUUGAUCAAGGGUGGCUUACUUUGACACUAAAAGAGUUUGUCUGUCUGUAUGUUAUCUACUCUAUUCAUUAUAUAUUGAAACUGCACCAACUUAGGCGUUGAUUUAAUAUUAUUGGAUAAACUUUUAAUUUUAUAUUACUUUACUUUUAAUAUGAUACAAAUAUUUUAAUUUUGUAAUAUUUAAAAAGAAAUGCAAUAUUCAGAUUUUUUUGUAUUUGGUUUAUUUUUUGAUAUUUUAAUAUAUUUAUAUUUUAAUAUGUUGAAAAAAAAAACAUUUUAAUAUUGUUAUCCCACAAUAUUAAAUUCAGGCCUUAUUUAGGAUGAGAUAAAGUUGGAUCAAGUCUCUUUUUCAGACCGACAGGAUUUUUUUCCAACUCUGUUAUUUUGUCGUGAGUUGGUUCAUAAGACAACAAAGUUGGGGUUUAAAUAAUGCGCCUAAAUCUUGAUCUUUCUAUAAAUGUCUGAGAGAUGCGAAGCACAAUCUUAGAUAGCCUUACACUUCUAGGACUUCUAGGAAAUUAACUGUAUAUAUAGACUAACAUACAUGAAGAAACUGGAUAAUAAAAGUAAUUAUUGUUAUUUAUAAAACAAUGCAUAUAUAUAUAUAUAUAUAUGUAUAUAUAUAUAUAUAUAUAUAUAUAUAUGUGUGUGUGUGUGUGUGUGUGUUAAGGCCGUUUGGCCUGUAUUUGUGUGAAGGGCUUAAAUUAAUUCACUCCCCUAUAUAAGGGACACCCCUUACCUGACUCAUAUCGCUUGAGGUCAGCAUCAGAAUGAUUUCUACUUCCGGGUCAUCCAGACGCCAUUUUACCUGAUUACUCCAUGAGGUUUUCUAAGCUGAGCUGUGUCAGGAAUCCAGCCACCGGCUUUUCCGGCCUACCACCUUCUUUCUUCAAUCCAUCGCUCUGGAUGGUGUCCAAGUGACGCACAAACCGUAAGUCGACCUACCCGUUACGCCAGGCAUCAGUCCCACGGCACCAUGCACGGGUCAGGUCCUCACUUUACGGCUGCAUUUUGUCUAAGUCUGUUCUAAAACCAUUGCAUGUUCAUGCAUAUCAUUCGUUUAAACUCACUUGUUUAUAUCUGUCACUGGCUCAUUUCGAGCAUUAGCAUACUCCCAAACGGGAACACAUUCUGUUUCAAUUGCUUAAACAUACUAGGCAAUUCUAUGCGUGCAUUUCAAAUCUCACUGCUCGUUUCGUUUUGUUUCCCUGACAUACCAGGCUCACGGUUCGUGCAAUUUUCUACCAAACGGGAACUAGUUCAUGCAUUUAAUAUUGUACUACACACACGUUUCAUGCGUUUACAACCCACGAACAGAACUUUGGUUUGUUACAAUGACUGUUAUUAAGCUAUUAUGUUCACUUAUUGUAUAUUGUCAAAUGGGCACUGUUUGUUUCCCUGUCAUACAACGAUAAUGCUGGGGCAUAGCUCACGAACAAUGUUUCACAUAAACCACACUGAGCCCUACAGGUCACGCUCAAAUCUCACGUUGACCUUGCAUUUGGAUUAACCCCUUAAGGACCAAACUCUGGAAUAAAAGGGAAUCAUGAUAUGUCACACAUGUCAUGUAUCCUUCAGGGGUUAAAGGGUAUUUUACCAUACAAUCAGCAUUUCUGACCCCUACUGGUCAACAGCAAAACUGUCUUCACAUGUCAUAUACAAUUACCAGCCAAUAUAAAUUACACAUAAGAUUGUUUUAAACAUAACCAUAAACCAUAAAUUAAACUCCCGCACGGGCUCAACUUCAGGUUUAAUUCACAAUAAUUUACAUUUUACAUCAAGGCCAACAGUGGUUCUAUCAACACUGCCACCUACAGGUCUGUCAAGUACAUUGACAAUUUUCAUGGGGUUUCACAAACACCAAAACACUGACCCCUACAGGUCAACAGACAAACAACAUUUCACAUACCAAUCAGUAUCAACUACACUAUCAGCUAUAGGGCACUCGGCAGAUCUCCAGUGCACUUGCAUUUUGCAACACCAUGUUCACUGACCCCUACCAUUCAAUAAGACAUACAACAAUUCACAUAGCAAGCACUAUGUCAACAUCUGGUAUAAAUACAUAUAUUAUUACACAGUAGCAGACGCAUCUGUAUAUAUGUAACUGGUAAUAUAGUUCACAUACAUUUUUCACAGCACGCUGCUCCCGCAACAGACUUCCCCUAGCAAGGGGACAUACAACAUACAAGGUGGGGACAGACCACAUUUUCACUUGUACAUACGGCACUUAAUGGGUUAAGAUUGAUACAUAUUUAACCAGUAUGGCUACGAUGUUUAAUAUUUACACAUCACGUCACUUUACUUUUCACAUAUACUGUACGUAUUAAGAUAAGCUUGGUCUAUGCCAUAUUUCCUUAUGCCAUACGGUUUUAUCCAUUCAGGUUACAGUUACUACUAAAAAACCUAUACGGAUUGUCAGGUUCAAUACCAUACUGCCAGGUACAUACACCUGCUCACGUAGUUAUCCAUCUCUUACCUUCCCUGGAAUAGUAAUAGUGUACUGGCAAUUAGGGUUCUAGGGCCCAAUAGGUAUUACCCCCUUUUUUCUCUGCAUUAUGCUUCGGUUAGUGGUCCCGCGAGGCCAACACCCCGCCUCACACUCGGAGGCAUACACCCCUCGGGCCACUCGUGAGCUAGCCGCCUCGCAUUGUAUCAUAGAGAGGACCUCACCUGUCACUCCCCUUCCUAUUUUCUGGUUACUGUCACCGAGAGGCCAACAUCCUGCCACAACGUUCGGUGGCCACACAAAAUCCCCUCGCGCCAAGCAUAGAUAGAGCCUCUCAAGCCACUUGGCAACUAGCAGGGCCUCACCAGUCACCAAAAAACACCAAGCCUAAUCGUUUCGCCUUACGGCUUAGCUAGCAAGCCAGUACAAGACCCCUGGGUACAAAUAAUAAUUGCAAUCUUUAUUGUUAUUUAAGUAUUUCUCAAAAAGAUGGUGAAGAAUCACCUCUUCCUGGCACCCCGGCUAGAAGUGAUACAUUUCAAGCAGAGGAAAUGUGGCUCCGACCUAAGGAGGCGACAAAUCCCCUAGCCUUCCACAGCAAGGAAAGCAGAGUUAUUCAAACUCCUCCAUACAUCAACGGACAACACAGAGGCAGGGGAAGGCCCAGCAACACCAACUCAGGUGACACCCAGGCCAUGCUAGCCUCACUCAUAAACUCAUGAGUCAAAAAAUUUACGACAGACUGGCAAUCUCGAGUCGGUCACCACAGCCCUCACAAGGCUGGGCCUCACGCUACUGUACAACUAGCACCAACCGAAACUCGGUUAUCUGAUACAAUUCUUGGUACAAGACGUUAACCCUGCACAUAUGAUCCCGGCACACUGGGGAAACAAGGUAUAAAUAUGUAUGAUGAUGUAUCUAUGAUGGUCAGACCCAGGGAUUCCAGGUAAAUCGGGAACUGACCAUCCCUUGGUUAUGUUGGCAUUUGGAAUAUGUAGAGAUGCUUAUUUGUGCAGGUACCCAUACAGAAGGGAUUUUCUCCCAAACAAAUGGACGAGCACUCUCAGGCUCCAGGUACCAACACCUCUGAACUCCCAGAGACAAUUGGUAUGAGUAGUUGCAUUGCAUAUAGACUGUUGCAUAUAUGUUCAAAUCAUUCAGGGCACAUGACAAACCAUGUGUCCCAAUACAACUUACAAAUAACAUACUCACCAUCUGUACACACAAUGCAUUUUCCACACUACUGACUCAUCACCCUUCCAGACUUGUAGUAGAUUUACUAAAGCUCUGGAGCUUCAAAGGACUCCCAUACAGGUAUCAUAAAUACACCUUCAAGGAAUAUAGCAUGCCCUCACUUACAGUCAGCACAACAGAACCAUCGGCUGUAAACACACUCAUAGCCAAGAUUAGCAGAGGGGUUUUUACUUGGGUUUUCCAAUCUCCACCAUUUACAGCAUGGCGCCAAACAUAAACACAUUGGUAUUGUCACAAGGAAAUCUUCCUCUAAACAAAGACUAACCAUAGACGUAUUGGCACCACACACCUUCACUACCCCAAGUCUCAACUCCCUCAUAGCCUCCGAGGAGUUUCCUUACUAUACACACCAUUGAUCUUCUUUUACAGCUAUCACUCAAGCAUGGGUUGAAGCUUGGUUAGGUAAGACCAAUAUCAUCAACGCAGUAAACGGCUACCAUCUACCCUACACACUGGCACUUACAUGGCAUAAAAUGGGCAAUCCUUUCCCCGCUAAAAGCAGCUGCUGUGGCAUGGGGUAAAUCAUGGUCAGGGUCAUCAAUCUGUUGUUACUCAGACAACUAAGCACAUGUCAUAUCAUCAACAAAUGCCACUCAUCAUCCAUUCGAUCAUGGUAUUGCUGGGGAACUCACUUGGUAGGCCACUUAUCACAUUUCUCUUACUUUCAUGUACCAGGCGGGGGUAUACAUCCCUGCCGACAAUUGUCUCAUUUAUAUUCCAGGCAUGUUCAUCAUACGCUUCCUACAGCCGCCCAUACAGUCACGGCCACUCUUUCAUUCCAGAGAUAAAAUCAUGGAUUAGACAUACUCAUGCAGCAUAGCAUGCACUAUCCCACCUAGCACUUUCAUCCCAUACUUGUAGAACGCAUAACACAGCUAUUCACCUGGCUUUAAAGAAUCUCAUUGGAACACGACAUAGCUCAACCUGUGUCAUAACAUUUCUCCUAGGUUUUGCUUCAUUUUUGCCACCUUAAACUAAAACCAUCUCACACACCAUUAAUUAUAUAUUUUACAGGCAUUCAGCAACACAGGAUAACCUAUGGCCAAAACUACCCUAACUUCAUGCUAUCAUACCAGACAAGAAUAUACUCAGAGGUUUUCAGGAAUCCAUUCCCCCACGUUCCUCUCAGAGAUUACCAAUAGCCAUUACCAAUAGCCAUCCAACUUUUCCAUCCUUAUCGGACCUAUUAGAGCCACAACCAUUCAAUUAUACUACCAAGUCAGCCAUUACCAGCCAUGCACACUGCCUUUUAUGCCUUUCUCAGGCCAGAGAAUCCACUACCAUAACCACCACUCAGACAGAUCAUUGUCUUCAACGAUCCCACGUAUGUAAACACAUAUAUCAUUACCUGUUGGCUCUACCACAUUCCAAAACGAGUCAACACGCACCAACAGUAGAGAUAACAUACUAUCCUACCCACAACAAAUGGUGUCCAGUUGCGGUCCUAGAUUCCUACCUUCAAAAUCCUUCCAGGAAUUAAAUACUGUAAUGCAUUUAAGGAAAUAUCUGGUUAAUUUGUAUAUAUUGUUGACUGUAUUAAAUCUUUGAUUAUUCUUUUUUGCCCUCUUUAUUUACAGGCCUACCGUAUCGUCGGUCUCGGCACACCACAACUGACUUGCUCCCUUUAUACUAUCCUACGCUUGUGCUGGAACCUUACUCCAUAUACGGCUAUUUGCCCCUUACACAAAUAUAUAUAUAUAUAUACAUACAUAUAUAUAGGAAUAUAAAAAAAUACCGGCACUGGCUUUGUUCAUCCGAUUUAUUCUUGGUUAAUCCAGAGAUGUCAACGUUUCGGCUCCCUAACAUUUUUAUGUGUCCUGAUGAAAGCUCCGACCGGAAACUGAAACGUUGACAUCUCUGGAUUAACCAAGAAUAAAUCAGAUGAACAAAGCCUAGAGUGCCGGUAUUUUUUGAUAUUCCUUUAUUGCUGUGACUUGGCACCAGGUAUUUAAUACUUUUUUUAGUAGGAGUGCAAGAGGUUUAUUUGUUUGGUAUAUAUAUAUAUAUAUAUAUAUAUGAAAAUAAGAGUUUGGCUGCACUCACCUACACAUGCUAAAUUAGGGUGCUGCUGGGGGCCAAUAAGUAUAGUAAAAAUGAAAAUCCAGCGCACUCGCUUAUCUACUAAACAGUCAUUUUAGUGCUGAACAAUUUUCAGUUUUAUUAAAAACACCUAAUCUAGGCAAAAAAAUAUAAUGGGGGUUUAGUUACAGUAUAGGAUCAUACAUUGCAUAAGCCUGCCACAACGCCAAUGUACCCCAUCUUUGGCAGGUCCUACUCAGUUUGCUAAAUGAGCUACUCACUUGGGGAAAUCCUUCCAUCUAGAAGUCUCUGCAGUAUAAUGCUUAAGAUGAGGCACCUGUAACAGGGAGGGGUGCAAAACCCAUGGAGCUGGCUAGACUCCUAAAUAUAUACAUAUAUGAGAAAAUAAGGGUUUGGCAGCAUUCACCUACACAUGCUAAAUUAGGGUGCUGCUGGGGGCCAUACUAUAUAUAUAUAUAUAUAUAUAUAUAUAUACAUAUAUAUAUACAUAUACAGAACUCAGUAUGUUUGGCACUCAUCCUAAGUGUAACAAACCAAAAAAAUAUGUACCAAGGUGCUGCACGGUGCAGAAAGUAUAUACAAAUACAAAAAUAAGAGCAUAAAAAAAUAAAUUUCUAAAUCAUGUAUUAAAUGUUGCAAAGAUGAUCAAUGUUUCAACCUUUCGGUCUUUCUCAAGAUACCAUCUUGAUAAAGACCUAAAAGACAAACCGUUGAUCACCUUUGCAACAUUUAUUACACAAUUUUGAAAUUUAUGAAUCCAGUGAGUUUUUUUUUUUUUUUUUAUAAUUUUUGUAUACACACAUACAUUGCUAAAAGUUUCAAAUUGUGAUUGUGUAAAGUUCGAGUCCUGAGACAUAAACGCUAUAUAAAAAGUAUUUUUAGUAGAUAUGUCAGAUAUAUUGGUAAGUAUAUCAAGUGUUAGGCCUAAUGCAUAAUGAAUGUCAGAAGCCAUUGUUAUAUUGCAGUAGAUAUUAUGUAAAAUUGUGCACUAAGCUAAAAAUCCACUGAUUAUUUCCUUCAUGCCCUGGAUGGUGGCACUAGGGUUUUAUUGACUAUUUAUCAAGACCAUUCACAUGGAAUGAUACAUGCAUCUUCUUACUCCUCAAUUAUCUUGUACAAGGAAAACUGUGUAUGUGUGUGUACUUUAUCAAAGUGACCUACAGACAGAUUUCUGAGCAGAAAAAAUUUGUAGAUUAAAAUAAAUAAUAUUGCACACAAACACAAAAAGAAAUGUGAUCAUUUAAACUUGUGUCAUGGCACAAUUUGAUGUUUGUGAACUACAUUUCCCAUGGUGCUUAGGCAGUCAGCUAUAUAUCGUGGAACAUCAGACACAUAUGCUAUGGGUGAACAUGUUAACUAUGCUGAAAUUUUAACUUUUACUAUCUUUUUCUUUUUUGAUAAACUAAAUGAUACAUUUUACAUUACUGAUAGAUUUAUUUCAGUCUAGACUAAAAAUUAGAGGGGGGGGGAAUAGGAGAGUUGAUAUCUAGUUUACAUGGUCAAUACUGCCAUCAUUUUCAUGCAAUGUUGUUAUUUUGUAGAUAUCAAUGUCAAGCUUUGUUUUCUAUUCUUUCAAAGGCUUUGUAUACAGUUGUGUCAUCCUCAAUGUAUAGCCGAUUCUGCAUUACAUAGUCAUUUAAUUAAAAAAAUGAAAAAAGUUAACCAAAACUGUAAACUCACCUUUGCAAAUGAGCCAGUAUGACUUUUCAGAUGUUUCAUUAAUUGUGUGGACUUCAUCAUGGAUCAUUUGGUUUGCAGACGAUGUCUCUAACACCAGUCAUCCUUUUCAUGGCCUUAUUUGUUAAUCCUCUGGAAGGAACAUGGAAGUACAACUUCAUAAAAGAAAAGAGUAAGUUUUGUCAUUUUUUUCACUGUCUUAUCUUUUCCUGGAGUGAAUUAGCUGGUAUGUUUCUUAUACAAAUAAAUCCUAUACAGUGAUAACAUUCAUGUGUGGUUUGGAGAAUGAACACAGGGAUUGGUAAAUUUGUUUAGAAACAGAGUUUGUAAUGGCGAGCAAAAAAAGGAAAUUAUAUGUCAUAUAAUAAUAAUAAAUAUAUAUAUAUAUAUAUAUAUAUAUAUAUAUAUAUAUGAUGACUAUGUGUUAGUUUUGUAUCACAUUAAACUAAACUUAGUUUUACAGUGACAGACAUGUGAGUGCAUCCUUAUUUUGAAAUUAAUGGAUAUGUGGAUAGAUAGAAGAAUAGAGAAGGAUAGGAUAGAUAGACAGAUAGAUAGAUAGAUAGAUAGAUAGAUAGAUAGAUAGAUAGAAUGAUGGAGAAGGAUAGAUAGAUAUAUAGAUAGAAGGAUAGAGAAUGAUAGAAUAGAGAAGGAUAUGAUAUAUAUAUAUAUAUAUAUAUAUAUAGAGAGAGAGAGAGAGAGAGAGAGAGAGAGAGAGAGAGAGAGAGAGAAUCAACAGGGCUGCACUCACCUGAACAUGCAUACGUUGUAAGGGUGCUACUGGGGCCAAUUCAUACAACAUAGAAGAUCCAGCGCACUUACUCCUUCACUAAACAGCAAUUUCAAAAUUCACAGAAUGUAAUAGUUUUAGCUAUAGUCAUCUAACCUAUGCAAAAAUAAUUGUGGUUUAGUUAAAGUAUAUGAUCAUAUAUUGAAAAAGCCUACUAAAAUGCCAAUGUACCCCAUUCUUGGCAGAUCCUACUCUAAUAGCCUAAUGUCUGCUAUUAUAAGAUAAACUCUCUGCAGUGCAAGGCUAAAUAGGGUGCUUGAAUAAAGCACCUAUGACAGGGAGUUACCUGUAUAAUAUGACUAGCUCUCUAGCACAGGUAUUCAAGGGAUUCCCCACGUUACAGAACUAGUCUAUGUUCAGGGAAUUUCCCCCCGAACAUAGAUUUGAGGUAUUCCCUGCGAUAGUGAGCUGGUCUAUGCUCGGGGGAAUUGCCCCGAACAUUGACCUGCUCUCUAGCACAUACAAGACUUGGUUGUCUUGGUAUCCAUUCUUACUGACCAAUUCGUUUUACAACCAAAUCGUAGGAACGGAACUCGGUUGGUAAGUGCAGAUCAUCUGUAUAUAAAUAUAUAUAUAUAUAUAUUUGCUUUAAUUAACCUUAUGACCUUAUAGGGACAUUUUGGCCACCAGAACAAAUACAGCUUAAUAAAGCUGUCCCUGCAGGCUUUGCAAUGUAAACACUGCCUUUUUAGAUAAUAAUGGCCGUAAUUUAGAUAAUUUAAAGCAUCUCUAAGAGGUGUUUUGCUGCGCAUGCAAGUCUCUCAAUGCUUUUCUGUGGAAAAUCUUUGGAUUGGCUGAGAUCAUCAAAAUAUAUGAUGCUAUUCCUGACACUAUGGUGUUCCUUUAAAGUAGCUUGUUAAAUAUAUGCAUAUGGGGUAUCUAUUUUUAGAUCAUGAAGAUACAGACAAUACAAUAGGCUAUAAAAUACUGAUCAUGUAUAACUCAUUUUUCUACUGUUCUAUUCAAUGUCUAGAGUUGGAAUAAUUAUAUGCUACAUACAAAUGCUAAAAUAUCACCCAUUCUCAGCUUCUGUUGUAGAGGUUUGCAAUGGAACAACAGUGAAAGUUGUGGAAUUUGAAUGUAACAUAUCCACUGAUGAAGAUGUCUACUGGGAACGUGGAGGUGGUAUAACAAAAGGUCGCAAAUUAAGAGUUGAAGUUAAGGAAAAUGCAGAUGGAGGAAACUAUACAUGUCACCUAAUGAAUGGAGAUAUUGUUGACUACAGAGUUAUUUUACUGAGGAAUGUUUGUCUAACUAGAACUCAAGAAAUACCGCCAGGUAAAUAUAAACUCUGUUAAUUUUCAAAUUCUCUAUCUGCAUUAGCUUAAAUUUACUAUGUAGCCAGGUGAUUUACAGACUGAUGUCUCUGCCAUUCAAUGAAUAUUUAAACUUUGGGAGUUUACCAGGAAGUGAUCCACAUGACAUAGUGAAGUUCAGAAAUUGUACUUUCAGCAAACUCAAUGUUGUAAUAAUACAUCUGAGAGACUGUAUUCUGCAUAAGAAUUAUUAAAUGAGUUUAGAGAUUACAAAUUAGAUUAGAAGGAAACUGAAUCAAACUUUGUUGCUCUUGUAGACGCUGUGUCAAUUCUCAAAAGUAAAAAGCACCUAUACCUCCUUAUUUGUUUAUCUAUGCUACCAUAAGGUAAUAUUUUGACUAAAUUCAGGUCUUCAUCAAAUCCAUGGACCAUGGAGGUCAGACAAUAUGCAUAAACAUGCAUGUGACAAAAAGUGAUGAAUUCAUCAAUCAUAAAAAUGAAUUCAAAUGCAGACAAAAAAAUGUUUGCAUUAGUUUUCAGUUGAAUUGUAAUUCAUCAGAAUUUAGGCUCGUUGGAAGGUUGUUUGAAGUCCGUAACUCGAAAGCCCUCAUAUGAAGGUUGAACCAAGAAAACUAAUCGCACAAUGGACAUGUGUAUUCAUUUCAUUUGUGACUGGGCAUUCCAUCUGCAUUUCCCCAAAAAUAUAAAUAAAUAAAAUAGAUGAUUGAGUGGGAAAAAAAAACACUUUAAUAAUAUUUUGUUCACAGAUCGAUUGAGAAAUGAGGAGCAGUAAAAAAACAAAACAAAAAAAACCUAAAAUAUAUGUAAUAAAUAUAGAUUGAUUUAUCCUUCUAUUGAUUAUUCUUUAUCACUUGAUCUGUGACCCAAGCGGUGCAAAAAUGCACAACACAGUGUACUACAAAAUAUGUAUAUACGUAAAAUGUAAAUUUGUGCGGUACACUAAGUUUCCCAUUUUCACACGAUUUUGGUUUGUCCGAAUCAUUUUCUCUAAUAUUUUUGAUCGGACAAUAUUCAGACAAGCAAAAAGGCAACAUUUACGAAAGACUCUCUGUUCCUUCCCUUGAUUCAUAACAACAUGUAUAAAUAUGUACAUUUUCAUUGUAAUAUAAUGAAUUUUUUGAUCAUGUUUUAUCACAUAUCCAACUAAGGUUUCGUUUCAUUCACACUUCUAAAAAUAUAGAGCAUCUGAGGGAUUGCCAUCCUUUAUAUUUUAAUAAAAUUAACACAACUGACUUGCUCAUAUGGAAUCAGUGGUAUAUAACUUUUUAUCAUGUACCUAAAUAUAUAUAUAUAUAUAUAUAUAUAUAUACAUACAUACAUACACAUAUACAUAUACAUACACACACACACACACUACAUACAAGAUCCAACACACUUGCUUGUUCACCAAACAUCAAUUUCAAGUCUCACAGAAUGUAAUAUUUUUAUUUAAAGGGACACUGUAGGCACCCAGACCACUUCAGCUCAUUGAAGUGGUCUAGAUUAAGUGUCCCUUUUGCAGCACUAAGUCAACCUCUAGUGGCUGUCUACCAGAUUGAAACUGAGCUUUGGUCUGGUAUAUGACGCUGGACGUCCUCACCCAGCGUCAGAUGUUUCCCCAUAGGAGAGCAUUCAUUCAAUGCUUUCAUAUGUGGAGGUCUAAUGCGCGUGCGCGGCGCUGGGAUCAGGUAAGUAAAUAAAGGGUUUUUAACCCUUUAUUUACCCUGGAGGAUGGGGGUGGCGCAAGGGUGUUGGGAGGCAGAGGUAGCUAUAGUGCCAGGAAUACAGCUGUGUAUUCCUGGCACUAUAGUAUCCCUUUAAAAACACCUUACCUGGGAAAAAAAUAACGGGGUUUAGUUACAGUAUAUGAUUGUACAUUGCAUAAGCCUGCCACAACAUCAAUGUACCUAUUCUUGGCACGUGUAAAUGCAACUAAUGUAUUUAUAUAUAUAUAUAUAUAUAUGUAUAUAUCAUAUCUGCCACAACUGACUUGCUCAUCUGAAAUCAGUGGUACAUAACUUUUUAUCAUGUACCUAAUAUAUAUGCACAAUAUUCAUUAAUAUAUAUAUAUUGUGUGUGUGUGUGUGUAUAUAUAUAUAUAUAUAUAUAUAUAUAUAUAUAUAUAUUUAUAUUUAUAUUGAUAGCUUGGAAAAGGGGUGGCGUGGUGGCACUUUCACAGUUCUUAGUGUGGGUGAUAUGUAAUGACAAGAAAUAGGAACACACAGGGAACAGUGAUAGUGUAAUAUAUCUUAGGGCUAUUGAUCGAAGAAAAAAGAAAUGCACUUACAUUUUUCAGAGCUACAAUAUAGCUCUCACUUGUCACUCCCUAAGCUUCUACUACUAGCCAUAAAAGUGAAAUCCCUGACCAGUCUGUAUUGCUGUCUACAUUCAUCCCAUAUGUUGUCACAUUGCUGCCACUGCCACCUCAAUGCUCAAACCUCCUGAAUUCGUCAGAAAAGUCACAUUGCACCCUUUGCUUUACUCCUGUGAUAUGCCAUCAUGGUGCUGCCUACACUUACAAAUUUAACUUUGCUCCACUUUGCCUACAGAGCUGCAAGAAGUGUCAUCAGCAGCUCACUGAGUACGGAGUCUCUCAGGAUUAUUCACCAAAGUGAGAAUUGCUGAGAAAUCUAAGUGAAUUCAAGGCACAAAUAGCUGAACUGCAAAAGACCGACUUGGUGAAUUUUUUUCCGAAUUUUUUUCCAAUUUAGUUAUUUUGGCCUUAAAUUUUAAAUUCACUUUCAAUUCCUAACAAAUCUCACUUUAGUGAAUAACUCUGUUUAUGUAUCUAGCAUUCACUUCUAGAGAUUCUACUGACAGCACUACUGUAUUUGUUUUACUGCAUCUCCAGCACAAGAGUUAUUGUAGUAGAAACACACUGUACACAGUGCAAUUGUCUCUCUGUAUCCAUCAAGCAGGACAUACUACCCACAGUAUUGCUUCCUGAACUCAUGCUAGUAUGCUAAAUUAUAGUAUGAGCAGAGCAUAUUUUGAAACAAAAUCAAAGAAUCACUAUAGUGACAGGAAAACAAACUUGUUUUCCUGACACUAUAUAACCCUGAGGUCUCCCCCACCCUCAGGGUUCCCCUCCCGCUGGGCUUAAGGGGUUAAAACCCCUUCAGCUACUUACUUUAAUCCAGCGCCGGGCUCCCUAGGCGCUGGUGACCUCUUCUCCCCGGCCAACGUCAACUCCCAAGCGCGCGCAUUCAAACAGUCCAUAGGAAAGCAUUUCUCAAUGCUUUCCUAUGGACGCUCUGCACGCUGAAUGCGAUUUUCGAUUCCAGCGUCGCAGAAGCGCCUCUAGCGGCUGUCAGGAAGACAGCCACUAGAGGUUGGAUUAACCCUGCAAUGUAAACAUAGCAGUUUCUCUGAAACUGCUAUGUUUACAUCUGAAGGGUUAAAACCUGGGUGACCUUGCACCCAGACCACUUCAUUGAGCAGAAGUGGUCUGGGUGACUAUAGUGUCCCUUUAAAGGAAUUUAAAUAGCAAUCAUCAGCAUGCAAUCCUGUGUCUAUAUCGUGUUGGAAUAGACAACUCUUCCACUCAUGUAUACAUAUCAUUGGUAGUAAAGAUGUUAAAAAUUCAAAUAUUGCAUACCUCUCUAUUUAGAUAACGUUGUUAUUUAUUUUUCAAUAGAAUCAGAUCUUGAUAUACAAUGUGAAGCAAAAAACUGCAGUGGACAAUUUAAGUGCUUCUGGGCUGCACCAAAGAUGAAGAUUACAAAAUAUUCUGCUGAGGCCGACAGAAGGUGAGUGUAUUAAAUAGUAAAAUAUGUUGACGUUUGACAUCCAUCGAGUUCAACCUUUAACAAAAAUUACAAAAGAAAUGAAUGGCAUGGAUUGUUUUCCUUUGUGGUAUUUUCACUAAACAAGUCAUUCAGUCAAACAUAUGGUUGUUAACACCAUGUUCAGUAAAUAAAUCCUUUAGUGCCCUAGGCUGAUAAUGAAUCCAUGUUUUGGCUACUGGCCUUGUUAACUUAGAGCAACAAAUAACUGAGACACUGGGAAAUGGAACCCAUAAAACACACCCAGUGCAUGAACUAAGACCUAUGUUCUAUGUGCCUGAAAGGUGUGUAUAAAAUGUAAUACAAUGGGUUCCAUGUAUACUGUGUCAAUGUGAAAAAACUGAAUUGAACUGAGAAUUCACUAACUAAAAUAAAUUAAAUGGAGCCAUAUCUACCCACAUUUAUAACAGCAAUCACUAUUGGCACUAGUUAGAAUUUGUUAGAUAUCCUUUAAAAAUGUUUUCAUCCAAACAGCUUAUUCAAAUGUCAGCUUAAAAAUAUGGGUAUCAUUAUGGUGGCGCUAUAAUGUCUUUGGAUUAAAAAGAUGACAACGUUAUAAGUGCUAGGUACACUGUAGUGACACUGAAACUGCUGUGCACCUCAUGCGUUUAGGGGUACAUUACUUAUAGGUAAGAGCUUAGUUUUAGUGGCUACGAUUUAGGAUAAGGUAAUGGGAUGUUUGUGGUUAAUGGGGAAUUAGGGUUAUGGUUGUGAAUGGAUAUGAGAUGUGAAAUGCCACUGCACCAUUUUUCACAUCUCUAAAGUCUCCCUUUCCAGGAGGGACAGUUCCUUGGAUUACAUCCUUCUACUUCUCUUUUCAGUCCUCUUUUCUCGUAGCUGCAAACGGGCAGAGUGCUUUAUACUUGGAGGCAUAUUUUGUUCUGAACUGCAAUUGGUCUGAAUUUGGGCUGAUUGGGUGGUCGCUGAAAUUCACAAACUCCAAGCUGAAAUAAAGCUGAAUCACAAACCAAACAAAAAUACACAAUGUCCGAGCAUGUCAUUUUCAUUUGUGAUUCUGAAUUCCGCCACGGUGCCAAAAGGAGAGAAGAUAGGUAGGAAAAAAGAUGAUUGAUGGCUAGGAGACAGUCACUAGAAGUUGAUUUCAUUCAAGUGAUAAAUAAAACUACAAAAUUGAGGAGCAGUAAAAAUGAAAUAAAAGAAAUCUAUAGUUAUAUUUUAUAUAUUUAAUAGAUAUAUAAAAAUAGAUUAUUUACUGCUCCUCCUAUUUUCCCCUGUAUUAUUUUUCUCACUUGAUCUUUGAACCAAAUGACAGGGAAAUGAUAAGGAAAAUGCUCCUGUAUACUGAUCAACAUAAAUCCAAAUAUAUUUAUAUUUAUAUUAUGUGUAUGUUUUGUAUUACACUGAUUGGUCCAUUUUCAUGCCCGUUUGGUGAAUUUUGAAUUGUUUCCGGAACCAGUUUUUCGUUGACUGAAAUUAGGUCAAGUCAAACUGAAAUUCAGCAGUCCUGCAAAAAUGUAUUUGCAUAAAAAAAAUAAUUCAGCCAAAACAAAUGUUCUCACGGUGCACAUCUCAAGAAUGAAUUUAGAUUAGAAAUUUGUUUGUGUAAAAUUUUUUUGCUCUUGUUCUAUAUUAUAUUAUCAGUUACCUAUACAAAUAUAGAUAGAUAGAUAGAUAGAUAGAUAGCUAUACAUACAGUGAUCAGCCACAACAUUAAAACCACUGCUAGGUGAAGUGAAUAACAUUGAUUAUAUACUUAUAAUGGCAAGGGUGGGAUAUAUUAGACAGCAAAAGAACAAUAAGUUCUUAAAUUUCAUGUGUUGGAAGCAAGAAAAAUAGGCAAGCAAAAAGAUUGGAGUGACUUUGACAAGGGUCAAAUGGUGAUGAGAGCAUCACCAAAACACUUUGUGGGGUGUUCAUGGUAUGCAGUGGUUAGUACCUAUCAAAAGUGGUGCAAUGAAGGACAACCGGUGAACAAACGGGCAUCCAAAGCUCACUGAGGGACUUGAAGAACAAAGGCUAGCCUGCUUGGUCCGAUCAGACAGAAGAGCUACUGUAGCUCAAAAUUGCUGAAAAAUGUAAUCACACAGUGCUGCGUAUCUGCUGCAGAAUGGUCAGACUGCCCAUGACGACCCCUGUGCACUGCCGAAAGCGCCUUCCAUGGGGACUGAGCAUCAGAAAUGGACCAUGGAGCCAUAGAAGAAGGUUGCCUGGUCUGAUGAAUCAAGUUCAGUUGGAUGGCAGGGUGAAUGUGUGUUGUUUACCUGGGGAAGAGAUGGCAACAAGAAGCAGUAUGGGAAGAAGGCAGGCCGGUAGACUUAGUGUUAUACUCUGGUCAAAGUUUUGCUGGGAAACCUUUGGUCCUGGAAUUCAUUUAGAAGUUAUUUUGUCACGUACCACCUACUUAGAGAUUGUUGCAGACCAUGUACACCCCUUCAUGGCAAUGGUGUUCAAUGAUGGCAGUGACCUCUUUCAGCAGAAUACACCCUGCCACACUGCAAAAAUUGUACAGGAAUGGUGUGAGGAACAGGACAAAGAGUUCCAGAUGUUGCCAUGGCCUCAAUUAAUCCGAUUGAGCAUAUGUGGGAUGUUCUGGAACAACUAAUCCACUUCACAACUUUUAGGAUUUGAAGAAUUUACUAAUGUCGGUGCCAGAUACCAUUGGACAGGUUCAGAGGUCUUGUGGAGUCCAUUCUUCGAUACAUCAGAGCUAUUUUGGAAGCAUGAAGGGGACCUACACAAUAUUAGACAGGUGGCUUUAACAUUGUAACAUUGUGGUGUGUGUAUAUAUAUAUAAUCUAUAUCCACACACAGAGAAAUAGAAAGGGAGGGCAAGAGGAUUUAUUGAAGUGAAGAUUUUGCAUGUACAUAUAACCCCCAAAAAAACAAACUAUAUCCACUUACAUCAAUACUUCCCCUAUAUGCAGUGAUCCCAAAAAGAUGUCCAAAAGUAACACCAACAAAACACCUCUCAGGAUUCGCAGGUAUGGGAAGGAUAGUGAAGUAGGACUCAGUGAAGCUUCUUUUUUACAAUGCUAGAAAGGACAUUUAAAAGACACUGAUAAAAAUAUAGAAUAUAAAAUCCACUGAUAAGGUGAUUGGUAUGUGCCUUUUUCAUCUGGUAUCCUCUGUCACAAACAACAUAUUUCAUCACAUCUGGUGACUACCUCAGGAGAUCAUUUAUACAUAUAUAUAUUAGAGCUCAAAAUUUCCACUCAUCCUCUUUUGCGAGCAGAAAUUGAGCCCUGUUAAAUCAUUUCUAUUUUUACUCAGACCUCAGACCCUGUGAGAACUGAUAAGUAGUGGUAAGCAGAGCUUCUGAUAAUUAUCAAUCCACAUACCCAGAGUCACAGAGAGAGUGAGUUACAGUGUUACAAUAUGAAGCUGUGAGGGGCUGUAAUAACAUUAUCCUCUGACUGUCUGUUCCAGUCCGAGGCCCUUCAGAGUACUUUAAGCUCAAGUUUCCUCAAGGCAGAGCAGCCCCCAAAUGUUAAUUACUCCCCUCCACCUAGUGAAAAUCAACAGCAUUCAUUUGAAAUUUGAAAUUGGCUCAGUCUGCCAGUAAUAUUGAUUGAAGUCUUAUUGAAGUUGUUAUAGUGCCUACAGUAGUUCCCUAUUCAAAAUUACCCCCACCCCACCCACACCCCACAAAUGUUUUGUUUUAUUUUAUUUCAGUAGUAACAAGAUUUGGAAAUGCGGCUUCGCCACCCCUCAAAGCCCUGUGGAAUGGGAGAGCCACAUGAGUACUGCCGCCACAGCUAGUCCUAGAGAAUUAUUGGAUUCAAUGAUUCUCUAGGACAAAAUCACUAUCGGAUCGCAGUGAUUGGUGGGGGCGGGGGGGCCUGAAUUUAAUUAGGGAAAGGGAGAAUAUAGCAUUAGGAAUACACAUUUGUAUCCCUUACACCCUUGGGCCAAAUGUGACCUGUCGUGGGGCCGUGCUGAGGGAAUCCAGUGCCGCGGCCCUUUAACAAUGCAACUGGGCCCCUAUGAUGAUGUCAGCCAGUCACUUCCUCACAGCUAACAUAGAGUGCUGUGUGGGAAGAGAAGGCAACAGUCACAGAGUGGAAGAGCUGGGAGCUCUAACUCCCAACAGCCACAACCAGCCACUGGACCCCAGGAAAGCAACCCUCCUGCAUCUAAAAUGUAGGAAACAGGAGGGUGGCUAAAUUUUUUUUAUAUUUUGCAUGUUUGUCCGUUAGUGUGUCUGUAUGUGUAUCUGAAUGUAGCAUUACUUACCCGGUCCUCAAGCCGGCGUCCUCUGUUCGCGCCACGCACGCCAAACGCAUGAGCUGUUUGCGCAACCCAUGCAGGGAAAAGAAAUCUGACAGUAUCGAGCUCGCCAAAUGCCACGUGUAUUCAUGUGGACCACCCCUUAAAGGGGAAAAUGCUGCGUGUUUUUAAGGGAAAAUGGAUGCAACUGGACCCUAAUUGGUUCACGUCAGUCUGGCAUCCCCAUUUACGUACAUUUUGGGGUUGCAGGCAUGAUGUGCACCAAACACAAAGUACCACUUAAUAUUUGAACCCAUAUGACCCUAUCUGCUUUGCCCUAUUGGGGUUUAUGUUCCCAGUAUCCUUUAGUGCAUUUCUUGAUUCCUUGUAUAAUAUUCUAGUAUUGAUAUUGGCUUUGUUAUUGACCCUGCGUUUAUCUUUAACCCUUUCCUGUGUUGUUUGCUCGUUUGACUGGUUACUGUGUACCUGACUCUGGCUAGUCCUCGUUUUUUCCGUCUCCCUGUUACCAUAACCUCGGCUUUUAUCUCUGUCUAAUUCGGCUAUUCUAAGGCCUGGUAAUACGUUAUUUCUUUGCUUCGUCCCUUGCUAUCCUAAACUCUGUGUGUUGGGGUUUUCAACUUGUGACACUGUAUGUCUGUAUGUAUGUGUAUAUAGCUGUGUCUGUAUGCAUAUCUGUUUGUAUGUGUGCCUAUCUGCAUGUGUGUCAGACUGUCAGUGUGUGCAAAUGUGUAUCUGUGUAUCUGUAUGUUUGUCAGAGUGUAUCUAUGUAUCUGCAUGUGUGUCAGUGUACGCACCUGUGUGUCUGUGUAUCUGUCUUUGUACGUCUGUGUAUCUGCAUGUCUGUACCUUGUGUGUGAUUUUCUGAUGGAGUGGCCCACUGCAGAAAAAUCUGGGACACCUCUGCCUUAUGCUAGAGAGUCCCUUUAAAUAUAGUAUAGGCUGCAGUGCUCAGUCUGAAUUAUCCCCCUCUCAUUCUCCCUCCUCUCCGGUAAUCUUGUGAGUGGGCUGCACUCACCUUGACAUGCAUAAAUGGGGUGCUGCUAGGGCCAAUUCGUACAAUACACAAGAUUCGCUUACACCUCUCCAUUCACACUACUGCACUGACAACUGAAAAGCCAUGCUGCAAGCAAAUACAUAAAAUAAAAAUAAAACUGUAUGCAUUUCUAGUGGUUUAUUAAGUUUGGCUACUAUGUCACAGUUUUUUUUGAGCCAUAUAUAUUAUUAUAUGGGAUAUAUUUGAAUUAUAUUUGAAUAGACAGCAGGCAGAAACCAGUUAAAACACACAUGAAUUAAAGGGUUAUGUGGAUUUGAAUGUGGGAGAAGUUGUGAAUAUAAUGCCAGUGUGUAUAGGGAAUACAAGUGGGGACAACUCCCAGUUUAGUAUGUACUGUAGUGGAUCAUUUACUAGUCAGUUAGGCACUCAAUGUGGAGUACACAGUUGGAUGUUUAACUGGUACAUGCAAUGUACAUUUUUUUAAUCUGUUCUCCCUCUAGACAGUAUUUAAUACAAUUUGUGACAGUGUGCAGAGUUGCAUUUUACCCGUGUAAUAUAUAACAAGGUAUGUGAUAGUUUGCUAAACCAUUUUUUUCACAGACACAGUUAGUUACUAAAGUGAAAAUUGUCAGGAAUUCAAAGUAAACAAGAGCUAGGCUCUCAGACCUAGCUUUGUACCCUUGUCACGGGUUACAGGGACCAUGCAGCCAGCCAACAGGAUCCAAGACACAGAGAUCCAAUUUAAACUGACAUACAAUACUUUAUUUUAGUUGGGACCAGACCAUAUGUUUUACUACAUCAACCUUGCUGUGACAAAUUCAAUAAAAUACAAUUAACCAAAUCAUAUCAUAAAACAUACAUUAACUUUUAAGACCAGAACAACAUAUAUAUAAAGGGGUGGGGAAGACAAUAACAACACAAAAUAUCUCUCCUGUCUGCAGAAUUCGUAAUAUGCAAAAUAUGUACCUGAAAAUGCAAAUUAGCAAGUCUUGCUAUUCAGGUAGUGCAUACAGCCGUUGCUAGAUCUGUAGAGUCUCCAAAGCCAAAUACAUCUAGUUGAUUUCAAGCAUUAGCAAGACAGGUGAGCACACUAACAUUUAACCCCAAACAACCACAUUAAGCACACAACCUGCACCCACAAUGACACAGGGUGACUUAAUUAUAGGAAUCAUCCAGAAAUCUACUCGAAUUGUCCAUCUUAAGCUCCUGGUGAUGGUGUCUACCAUCACAUUCACUAUGCUUUCAGUUCAGCUUUUGGUCUAAAAUGUGAAAUUUUAUUUGAAUUUCUUACAAUUCUCACUUUAGUAAAUAACCCAGUAUGUGUUCUAGAUGACAUGAGAAACAAGUGUAUUAUAUCAAAUCAGCAGCAUACUACACAUGACUUUAAAAUGGGAUUUCAAGGGCAGUUUUAUAUAUUAACUUAUUGUGAUGAUAUAUAUAUAUUUUUUAAUCUUUUUCUUAGUGGCAGUCCCAUCAAUUGUAACGCUCCAGUCUCAAAUAAGUCUCAUAUUGUAGUAAGCUGCCAGGACUUGGAAACCUGUGUCUACGGUGAAGAGGACAGUCACAUAGAUUUCACAGUACAUGAAAUUUACCAAAAUAAAUAUGAGAAUCAUUUCACCUCCUUCAUGCUGCGGGAUAUCAGUAAGUAGACAUCACAACUCUAUGAACAUAUUUUGUAUUUCUUUUUACCAAGUGUUACAAAUCUCAAAUUAAAUUAUUUUUCAUAAACACCACAAACUUAGUGCUCUAAUAGUAUAAAUUACUUAACUUCAGUUAAUAUGCAGCCUCCCGAGAUCGUUAUCCACAACAAACGAUCUUUACAAAUGCAUAGAACCACAAAAAAAAAAUGGGAUACGGCUGUAUAAUAAGAUGAUGUGAAAGAAGAGCGUUCAUAAGGUGCCUGCCCUGAUAAUAUGGGGGGCUAGUAUUUUAAAAAUAUUCUGGGUCCACUCUUUCUCUUUAGUGUUCUGAUAGUAGAUAAUAAAUGUGAUCUUACCCAGUUUCUAUUCUUCACAUGUCACGGAUAGGAUAAAAGAUGCGGACUCUCACUCCCACUCAUUUUCCCUUUUGUGGAAAAUCCCUGAUGUUUUGUACUUGCCAAUGCGAAGCAGCCAAUGGAACACGGGACUCCAGGUAGGUAAUAUUAAAAAAUUCAAUACUUUUAAUUUUCUUUAAAAGGUGAAAUCCACCAUAAAGAUAAAAAUUUUAAAUACAACAAUAGGUCCAAUGCGUUUUGUUCAAACUAGAACUUCCUCAGGGACCGCACAGUAAUAAAAUGACAUACAAUAUCUCAAAUUGUCAAAUAAUAAAUCCUGAGUAUUAUUUUACAAUUUGUGAUAUUGUAUGUCAUUUUAUUACUGUGUGGUCCCUGAGUAUUAUUUGACAAUUUGUGAUAUUGUAUGUCAUUUUAUUACUGUGCGGUCCCUGAGGAAGUUCUAGUUUGACCAAAACGCGUUGACCUAUUGUUGUAUUUUUAAUUUUUAUCUUUAUGGUGGAUUUCACCUUUUAAAGAAAAUUAAAAGUAUUGAAUUUAUAACAGUAUGCGGUUAUUUGCGCUUUGGUUAACAGUAUGAUAAGUAACAUAUUCAUCUGGGUAUAUUAUCCAAAAAUAGUGUAAAACUCAGGGAAGAGAGGGAACAGAGUGGGGAGAAACACAUACAAAACUCCAUGUUUCCACUUGGGAGCCCCAAAACGUCAGGGAUUUUCCACAAAAGGGAAAAUGAGUGGGAGUGAGAGUCCGCAUCUUUUAUCCUAUCCGUGACGUGAAGAAUAGACACUGGGUAAGAUCACAUUUAUUAUCUACUAUCAGAACACUAAAGAGAAAGAGUGGACCCAGAAUAUUUUUAAAAUAAUAUAUAUUUGUUACAUUUACUAAUCAUGAGUAAUUAUAGGUCUAUAUUUAAACUACUUCAGGACUAUUGCACUACGUAUUGUAUCAAUCAGGCAUUAUGUGGACAUGUAAAUGAGCUAUUAAAAUAUAAUUAAAAGAGUUCAAAGGUUCAAAUAACAUUAGCAAAACAAACAGCCUUAUUUAUGUUAAACAUGUUAAAUUAUUUAUGGGUAUUCACUCUUUUGAUCAAACAAUAUACAUUGGAUUGGUCUGCAAUGGAAUAUAUGGGUGCUGUUAUUACAAGUGGAACAUUUCUUUCCAUCAACUAGUUUGAACAAUAAUGCAAAUAAGUUAAAGGAACACAAAAGUGUUAGGAAUACAAACAUGUAUACCUAACACUAUAGUCCUUGAGUGGAUGUUUAGGUCUUGCCGCUGCUGGCAUUGCCUCCAUGGCUGAGAUCUUUAUGAUCUCAGUCAAUCCAAUGCUUUCCCAUAGAAAAGCAUUGGGAGGCUAUUGGCCAUCCAUGGCAAAGCACUGCUGUGCACCAAUCAGCAUCUCGGCAUAGAGAUGCAUUGAACCAAUGCAUCUCCAUUGGGAGCGUACAGCAUUUCCAUGCAGAGCUGUGAAAAGGCAGCGUUUACAGUGCGCAGCCUGCAAGAACAGGCUGUAGACACCAGAACAACUACAUUGAAGCUGUAGUGGUUCUGGUGACUAUAGCGUCCCUUUAAUGUAUGUUAUUUUGAUCUAAUCAAGCUAUAGGUAUCAUAUUACAAAAUUGUCAAACACUUAAUAAUAGUUUUUGCUAAAAAAAAAAAAAAAAAGGCUGCAAAGUGCAUGUAAUGUCAGAAGCCAAUCAAAUCCUAGGAUUUGCAGAGGAGUUCCCAGCUUUUGAUUUUGUAGAACUAAAAAUAAAAAUCGGACAUGGUUAUUUGAUCCCCUAAUGAAGCUCUGUGCCUAACCUGCCCAAAGUUAGUUGGGAAUCUUAAAAUCUGUUUUUUAAAAUUAAAAAAAAUAUGUUAAUUAAAUCAAAACAUGAUAUUAACAUUUACUUAAAAAGCUAAACUAUCUCAGCCUUUUUUUAUAACUACUAGCCUACACAUUUUGCUGCCUUUUUAAACAAAGUUAUUACAUAUUAAGGAACACAAGCCUGAAUUCCAAACGCUAUAGUGCCAUAAUUCCCAUUUAGAUUAGAAACUCCACCCAACUGCAAAAAAAAGUAGCAAAAUAAAAUGUUUUAAUUACGUUUUGUCCAGCAGCAAGACUCCCUCGGCAGGUGCUUUAACUCCCAUGACAUCAUCCUCGAGGCAAUUCUUUCUCGGCAAUGGACCAAUUCAAUGCUUCUCAUAGAGGAGCAUUUGGAACUAGAUGCACUGAACGCACAUACAAUGAAAUACUUCUCAUACAAACGCAAUGAAUGUAAUGCUUUCCCAUGAGCUUAAUUUAAUGACGUUCGAUGGACGAAAUGUCACAUAACUGCGUUUCACUCCGCUGUUGUCAUUUCUACAUUUGCAGGGCAGUUUAAAAAUUCUAAGCUAUGCUCUUCUCCCAGUUUAAUAGGGGCUCCCUUAUUUGAAAAGGUCUGUGCUUUUAAACACAACUCUUGAGCAUGGCGAGAGUACAAAAAAUUCCUAUAGAUCUUAUUUUAUGUGUAUUUAUUACCUUGUAUAUUAGAAAACUUUUUCCAUGUUUCUUUGUGUAUGCGGACAUAUGUAUAUCAAUAUGCACUUCUGGACAUGUCAGUCUUGUUAUUUAAUAUUAUCUUUUUUAUUUUUCUAGCAAAGCCAGACCCACCCCAGGAACUACAUAGUUUAGAUGGCUCCUUAAAGUGGAAAUAUCCAAAUACUUGGUGCAACUUUCAUUCCUUCUUCCCAUUGAUAUUUAAUGUCCACGUAAAAAGCAAAGGAUGGUCUGAGGUAAUAAUAUAUAACAUAUCUCUGUAAAUAACCUUUAGAUAGAAAAGGUGUGCUUGUCGGUGAUAUUCGGAGGAUAAUAUAAAAAAAAUAGCAUGUAUACAGUUUUUGCUUCCACUACUUUGUUUUUCCUGAACAUUUUCAUUUUUUAAUUUCUUCACUGUAUUUGCCAUUAGUAUUUAUCACAUAGUACUGAUUUAUAAUUGGCCACGAUCAGUAAAAAGCCUGGCUCUUUUCAUGUGCAUGCAUUUGUCAUUAUCACUGCAAUUACUACUACAGUGCUGACAAAUGGAUAAAAACAACAGACGCCCGUGAGAUGUCAUGGUACCAGUAUACACUGCUCUUUCACUUGCAUAAAGAGGGUUUUUUUUUUCACCUAAACAUAGCAAUAAAAGAAGAAACAUCAUAGUUCUCUUUUAACAUAGACUUUGCAGGGGUUGUUUAUGCCACCUAUAGGUCUACUCUAAGUAACAAGCAUAUGCGUCACCUGCUAGCUCUUUGUACAUGGUUCACACAGACCUUAAUUAAGUAUUAUAUAUCAAAUAAGUGACCUGGGUGCCAUGUGUCCCCCUUCGUUUUAACCCUGCAAGUGGAAACAUUGCUGUAUGGUUGGAGUAAUCCUUCUUAGCCUUAUUCACCAGAACCCCAGUCCCUCUCCCCCCGUCCAAAUGGGCAGCAAAGAGGGAGAACGUGACACCAUUGGUUCUCUGGCACCAGCAUGCUGCCCGAGUUGGCAUCAGAGUUAAUAUUACCCAACCCGGAACUCUUGCUCUGGGCUGGCUAAUGAUGCCCAGUGACAGGAGGGGGAAUUACAUCUUCAGUAACAGAGAAGUUAAACUCUGUAUGUGCACCUUUGCGUAGCAAAACUCUGCAAAAAUAGACUCCAGGGAUCGUAACCAUUUCAAAUCACUGAAGUGGUCAUGGUGCUUGGAGAACCCCUUUCAUUUCAUAUUUAAAUGCAAUGAUCAUACCCUUUUAUAAUUAGUUUGUUGAAUGAAUAUAAAGAUUUACCAGCAGGUGGCAACCAAACCAAAUUUUUUAAACAAGUGAAUUUAGAGAACAUUAACUCCAUGUCCAGUCUCAGCCAUUUAUUAGCUAUUGAUGGUAUGUUUCUACUAAAAGAGAUAAUCAUAUCUUGGGUAAAUGAAUAGCAGUUUUUGUUUUUGAUAAUAGAUGUCAAUGAACAAACUGCUAAUCAGUUAAUUGAUUGUUAUUGUUAAGUUUAUCUCUUGUAAUAUGUUCCAGCCUUUGAAUGUUUUAAACCUUUGGUUAGUUGAAAUAUCCUCCUCUCUUGCCCCAAUAAAAACACUAUUAUUAUUUUCUUUCAGCAUCAUAAUGACAUCAAGAGUACUAAACUUAAACUGUCUAAAAAAGGAAAAUUUAGUUUCUGUGUCCAGGCAAGAGACAUGUUUUACAAUUCUUCAUGGAGUGAUUGGACAUGUUCCAAGUAGGUAAGAGUCUCGCAUCCACAUAUCCACAUAGUAAUGAGAGGGCCCAUGUGCCUUGGAAUACCACCUCUAUACAUACCAUACAUGCCAAAUGACUUGUGCUCCAUAAAUCAAAGAUGUAUACUUCUUUCAGAAUCCUCUCACUUAAUACAUCUGACUCAAAAACACCAAAAUUAAGGAGAAAUAAAAAAAAAUGUAAUUAAAAAAUAACAACAACAAUACUAGAAGGUAGUUAUAUUACAUUAUAUUAAAAUACACAAGUACAGUGGUAGAAAGCAAUAUUUUUACAACAGCAUAUUUAGUAAAUAUAUUAAAAUGACAAUGACAAUGACAAACAGGAAAGAUAAGAAUACUAGUAUAUUGCCAAUAUAUAUCUAACUGAUUGCAGUCAACAAGGUGCAGACAACAAGCUUGGGUGCUGGACCACUAGGAAGAGUUAACCCCUCUACCGGGCAGAGUUAGCUCGUUUACCAGUCAAGGAGUUCACCCCUUCUUACCCCAUGGACCAUCAGGGGUUUUUCAACUUCUUCUGGACCACCAGGAAUUACAGCCCUCACCCUGGAACCCUGCAGAAAGAUAAGCAGGAGAGGGACAAACAUAGAUUACCAUUAUACACAUACAUACACCCUGAGCAUACAAUAUAUACACAUACUACAGACAGACAACACACACUUACUACAUACAACCAGCAUACAGCACAUGGACACUUAAUGCCCACAGAAAGUGCCCAACGCAUGCACACUUACUACAGUCAGCUAGUACAAAACACGCACACACAGCUUGUGUGUGUACGCACAUGCAUACUACAUACAGCAAGCACACACAUCACACUACAGAGGGGAACAGUGGGAGAGAACAUGGGGACUAAAGUUUGACACACUAUGCUCAGGGCUCUAGGCAGGGAUCUCAAUCGUUUUAAUUAAAAUUGUUUUGUGGGUCAGGAUGAGUAGCUUGUGAUGAGGGGAAAGUAGAUCGGACUAACCCAUUGAAUAUAUUUUGUAAAAAUGUCCACACCCCUGAUAUAUAUGUAUACUGCUAGAGGCUCUUCCUUCCUUGUAUUUCUAAUACUACAGUGUUCCUUUAAUGAUUCUGAAAAAGUUAUUUCCAGCAGAGUAAAUAAAUCAUGAUUUACCUCUAUUCCCUGCCCCACACCCUCCAAAAAAAUUAAAAUCUGUAUUAAUUUGCCUGUGUAAUUUGGUCUAAUGUUUUGGCAAUACACUACCUGUUGCUCAUAACUUCAGCCACUUCCCCCAAAAUAAAAUAUGCUAUUUAUUUUUAUUUUACAGACCCAUUGAAAAAAAUGACAAUAAGCAAAAAUCAAAUAAUAAAAAAAUUAAAGGAAAGAAAAAUCGACAUAACCGCCACCUACGUGAACCUGAAAAUCUUGCCUGGAUUUGAAACCUCUUUCAGCUAUCUCUCAUCAUUCUCUGAAUUCUAUCAUUGUCUUUUUUUAUCCUCUAAGCAAAUGUAUUUAUAAUCUGUCACCCCAAAAUUGCACAAUACCUCUGAUUUAGAACAGCUAAGGUAAUCUAUCCCCGGUCAUUUCCAUUAAGACAUCUAUGCACCAAUAUGGAUAGCCUGCAAAGAUAACCAGUUGGUGGGUUCUCCUGUCAAGCGUGACAAACGUUCUAAUUAACAUGCAUUAUGACUGUAUUUAGCCAUUACAUAGCUUGCUAUAAUUGUAUCAUAAAUAGUGGCGAUUUUCAGCACCAUGUCACCAGACCAAAAGAGUGGUAGUUGAAGAAGAUAGCUGUCUUCCUCUAUGUAGUUUAUUCAGUGGAACAUGGUGUAUAGUGGAAUAUAAUUUCAAUUUAUUAAAUGUAAACAUAAAAAUACCUUGAUAUUUAAUGACUGGGGCAAAUUGCAGAGCCAAAUUGACAAUAGCACACAGUCAAUAGGAAUAAAAAUAAAAACACCUCUCAAAUAAAAUGUAAAAUGCUUUCUAAGCAAGCUUACGCAGGAAGACAAGAGGAUAUAAUCAAUAAUUGGUAGUGAAAACAUAUCCAAAACAAGUGGAUUAUGGCAAAAAAUUGGCCAGGUAUAUUUGGAUAUUAAAACUAAACUAAACCAAGCUACAUCCUAUGGUGGUCGUGGUGACCCCUGUUAGGGAACAUAGACAUCAAUGGUGUUCUUCACUUCUUGUUGCACAAAACAGUAAGAACAGAAAUGAAUGCUUAAUGCGUAAUUUAGAGCAAAUGGUGCAUUUUUUUUUUAAAACCACCACUAGCAGUUUCUAGGGUUCCUUAUAGGGACUUUUUUUUUUUUUUUGUAAGUAAAUUAUUUCUGAAUCAGUUAUGUAAUUAAUUAGUCACAGCCACCAGUUUGGGGGAAAAAAUGCACUUGAUACAAACUGUGGGGAGUGUUAGUUAAUUAAAUAUUUUUUCAGAACAGAUUCAGGUUGUUUUACUCACAAAAUAAGGAUAAUGCUACAACAUAUUUUUUCUUUCUUUUUUUCUACCAUUUAUUUUGCACAAUACGGGUCAAAUGCCCUCUAUGUGGAUUUUAUUCAUAAACAACAGCUCUUGUAGAGCUAUGUUGAAGUAUACUUGUCAUAAUGACUAGCCUUCUCGGGUUUAUUAUGCAUUAAUAUAUUUUAUAUUGAGUGGACGUUUUGUGAAAGGAGAUUGGUUUGUAGGGUUUGAUUAAUUCUGAAAUAUUUUCUCAUCCUCAUCUGAAGCUUGAACUUCAUCACUGAGAAUUAAAUUGUCCCUAAAGUAUAUAUGAAGCUAUAAUAUUUUCUAGAAGAAUUGUAAAUCCCUAAGAUGAAAGUUUUCAUUUAAUAUAUGUAAUAAAUGAUGCAUCCGAUUUCUCAGUAACUAAAACAAAUAUGGUUACCCAGGUAUGAGUAUAACAAAAUAUUUAAUUCCUUAACUUCUUUGUGUUACCACGUUUUUAUGUAGGGAUGGUUUUGUAUUUCAGUAUAUUUAUUUAUUGUAAUCAUUUCUACUAUUGACUUAUUUUGUGUGAUGAUCCACAGUAAAUUAUUAUUGUGUUAUUUUGUGGAAAGAGAAAAUGUGAACCUAGUUAUUUUGUUAUCAAUUGGCAUGUUAAGUCUGUCAGUGGUUUGGUACCAAGCGAAGGAAUCGAUUAGCUCCCAUCCAUCAUCUUCUGGGUGUGACCUGGUAUGUCCUUAUAGUGCAUGUGACUUGGACACAGUAUCUGUGAUCCUUUGCACUUGCUCAGGGCUAUUUUCCUGCACCCUCCCAUAUAUACACAAAUAAAAGACUAUGUGCU